UUUUCUCGGUCCCCAAAGAAGCAUUUUCCUGUCGAUGAUACGUCUCUGAUGUGGUCUGCGCCCAGACACCAACUCCUCAGCCGCCGAGCGUUGAUGCUUGCUGGACAUGGCGUCUGAAGCCAGCAUAGCGCCCAAUGUUACCAUAUCCAAGCAAGAACGGAUCCGCGACAAUCAACGCCGCAGCCGUGCUCGACGCCAGGAGUAUCUGGCCGGCCUGGAAAGACGGGUGAAAGAAUGCCAGGUGUCUUGUCGCGAGGCCGACCUGCAGCGCGCAGCCUACGUCGACCUGCAAGUCGAGAAUGCUCGGCUGCGAGAUCUAUUGCACUAUGUUGGUAUCACCCCUGACGUCGUCGAGAACUUCGGCCGCCACGGCAUGCAAGCGCUACCUGGCAAUACAGCAGCGGUUGCGCAUCGCCAGAUCAGGCCGAGAUAUCACCAACCGAUGGCAUUGCGCACCGGCGAUUUGGAUGCUGUGGACAUAAUUCAACAGGAGUUAGGAGCGGGAGCGGGAUCGUGUUGUCCCACAAUCUCUAGUUCAGCAUCGCUCUGUUCCCCGACGCCUGCGCUGCCGCCCGAUUCUCUACAUGGCUACGACGGACAGCAGUGUCCGCCUUACGUGGAUGCUUCCAAUGUGCCUGCAACGAGUCUUCCUGAGAUCGCCUCAAUGUCCCCAUUCAGUUCGUUUGAAUGGACGCAUCGCCCUGACAGUCAGGAUCCUCCUGCAUUCCCCGACGAGACUUUCCGUUGCGACGCCUUCGGAAUCCCGGCAAAUGGACCACUUCUACCAGAGAACACAAACACCGUGCAAUGUCUGAUCGCCAAAGGGAUGAUCGAGCAGUACGACCCAACUCCCACGGAGAUGGAGGAAAUCGAGGCGCGCCUUGCCACCGCCUUCAGUCUUCCGAGAUCCGGGGAAUCGGGCUGUCGAGUCAACGCCCAGCUUCUGCUCGAGAUAUUGCAAGAGAUGGAUGCUAGACCGAAACGCGAUUAAAAGAAGGUGUUUCCAUUCUUGGUGGCAUGCGUCGCUCCUAUGCCGCCCAAUUUUUGCGGCUGCCAAACCACCUGACUGCAUACACAAGCCCAAGCAGAACUGGCACCUCGAUAAGAGGGCCUACAGUUGCCGCCAGAGCUUGGUCACUGUCGACACCGUAUGUCGCGAUGGCGACAGCAAUGGCCAGCUCAAAGUUGUUGCUCGCCGCUGUAAAGCUCUGGGUGCAGGCGAGUCUGUAUCCGAAACCGAGUCUCCUGGUGACUAGGAGCGUCGAUAGGAAUAUGACUGCAAAGUACACGAUGAGCGGAGCGGCAACUCUUACAACAGAUACGAUCUGGUGGAUCACACGGCGGCCUUGGGAUCCGAACAGGACGAUGAUUGUGAAGAGGAGGCCGAUCAAUGACAGCGGUCCAAUCCAUUUCAGGAAUCUUUUUUCGUACCAGUCUUUGCCCACGAGAUUUCGAAGGCUAAAGCGGGUGACGAUGGCAGCGGCGAGAGGUAUCCCGAGGAAGACGCCGACGCUCUUCGCGACCGGGGCAUAGUCAACAUCGACCCCAUCGGCGGAGUGACUGAUAUCGUCGAUGAAAAGCAGGGCCAGUGGGGCAAAGAGGACCAUUUGUAGGAGAGAGUUGAUAGCGACCAGUAUAGCACAGUACUCGUUGUCGCCACCAGCCAAACCUGUCCAAAUCAGAACCAUAGCAAUGCAUCUAGCGAUUCCAACCAGGAUGAGCCCAUCGCGGAGGCCGGG